AUGGCGAAGAUAACAUUAGCUUUGGUGUUUGCUUUGGUGGUGGCUGUGCCAUUGCAUGGGGUAAUGUGUUAUGAAGAUCCAUGGGAAAGUGUAAUAGACGAAGCAAGCAAAGCAGGAGUAUCACCAGAUACCAUAAAUGAGGCUCAGAAGGCAAUAGGUGAUGGCUCUGCCGAAGCAGCUGCUGAGGAGGCAUUGGGUGAUGGCUCUCUGAAUGAUUGGGUUCAAAAAGCCAAAGACAUAGCCGGCGGUGGAACUCCACCAGCUUCAGCCGCUGAAUCACCAGCCGGUUUACCUAUUGACGAGAUUGAAGACGAAGACUCAUCACCUGCAGAGGCACCACAAGGUUCCAAUAAAGCAAAAUCUCCAGCAAAUGCACCAAAUGAAUCUCCCACUGAAGCACCUAAUGCACCCUUAGAAGCUCCUGAAUUGGCACCACAAAAUGAGUAUGCAGGAGAACCCGAAUUGGCACCAACAACAAAUGCACCUACAGAGACACCAUCAGCAACACCUGAACCAUAA